AUGACCCCAGUGUCAAAUGCCAUGUUGCUUUCGGAACUGAGAACAGCGCAACCGCAUAAAGUUCGAUUGUUAGAGGACACCGUUUUGGCUAGUCGAUCCAGUAAUCUAGUACCAGCCAUCAUACAAGGGAUGUAUGUUGCCUUGGCAACCCCGUUACCAGAUGAGGAGGCCGAGGUUUAUGGAGUAGAGGAUUACCGAGGCGUGCAAUUUGUAGACACUGCGGCACAAAUAUCUAGUGUGGACUUCCGUGAAAGAUUGGCUUUGCCCUAUGUGCCUCCAGAGGCUGAUUGGGAAAGCAAAAUGCCUCUCCUUGCUCGUCCUAAACCUGGACCUUAUGAUGUGGUCUCCGAAAUUGACUUCUCCAUGUGUACACUCGCUCCAAAAGAUCUAGAAAUAUUAAAAGACAUAUUGAGAAGCCACACGGAUGCUUUCGUAGGCCCGGAUGGCCAAUUAGGCCACUAUAAUGGUCCCAUACGACACCGGAUAGAUCUAAUAAAGAAUGCUGAAAUUCCGGCACGUAAGAUCUAUAGAGUUCCGCUGGAGAAAAGAGCUGAAAUCGAGCGGCAAAUCUAUGAGAUGUUACAAAAUGGGAUAAUCCGAGAAAGUAAUUCACCCUUCUGUGCCCCUAUUGUUCUCGUGAGGAAGAAGGACUCUCAGAGCUGGCGUUUCACUAUUGACUUCCGCGGCCUAAACUCUAUUACCCGAUCACGGCAAUCGAUUCUACCUAAUAUUCAAGAUAUCGUGGACCUAUGUGCCAAUCAAUGUCUGUAUACUUCUCUUGACUUUCAGCAGGGUUUUUUCCAAAUUCCUUUAGAAGAAAAACAU